AUGAGAUCCAAAUAGCAGGCAUUUUUUCACCAUGAGAGUAAACAAGGCUGAAUGUGAGACAUGUCGACCCCCCUUUAUUUUUCUAUUAAUUAGGGCAUCAGCAAACGACAGGAAGAAGAGGAAGCAACAGAAAGAUCCAUGGCUAAACAGAUCUCCGUGGGAUAUGCGAGAAAACGCUUUCUCUCUCGCUCUGUGUAUAUAUGUACUGGCACCACGAAGAGGCUCCAAUGAUGGUUGUUGGGCGACGAAUUUAGAGAGAGAGAGAGAGAGAGAGAGAGAGAGAGAGAGAGAGAGGGAAUGGGAAGGAGGUACAGGGGGUGAUGGAGGGUGAAGAUCUUUCUUCGUCGUCUCUGGUUGAAGGCCACGGCAGGUGUUACCCCACCUAUGAAAGCCCAUCAUCAUCAUCAGGUUACGGUAGAUCCUGCAGCAGCAGCUGCCGGAGGAGAGGAGUUGGAAAUGAGCACCAAGCUCACAACCCACAAUAUUUUCAGUGAGUGAAUGAAGGUCCUCUCUCAGUCCUAAUGGAUCAGCGCUCUCCCCCUCUUUGAUAAGUGAAAAAGGAGUCUUCUCUUCCCUUUGCCGCGGUGUCUUGAGCGUUAUGACGAGGCCCAGAGAUUGAAUUAAAUUUUGGGGCCAGGCACCUGAAAUUACAAGUCCCUACCCCCUUUGCCUUAAGGUCAAUUUCGUGAGCACCCUCUUGUGAGGAGAGGAACAAGAUGGAUGCCUAUGAAGCCACUAGGAUUGUGUUCUCCAGGAUUCAGAACUUGGAUCCGGAAAACGCCCCCAAAAUCAUGGGGCUAUUGUUGAUUCAGGACCAUGGGGAGAAGGAAAUGAUUCGGCUGGCCUUUGGUCCGGAGGCUCUGGUCCAGUCCAUUGUAGCCAAGGCAAGGAAGGAGCUGGGUUUGGGCUUGGGCUUGGCCUUGGGCUUGGGCUUGGGCUUGGGCUCGGGUUCGCGCGUAGGAAAUUUGCCCAAUACUUGUUCUCAUUUGGGUUUGGCACCGCAGCAGCAAGCAUGCCUCCCUCCUAGUACCUCAACCAGUACUUCUAUGGUUUCCAGUUGGGUGGAUGCUUUCCCAAAUGAUGAGGGGGAGGAUGAGGGGGUUGGUUCUGAUGUGCAAAAGAAGGUGGACCAACAGAUAUUGGCCCCCAAUCCCUCCUACGCUGUCAGCAGCGGUGGCGGUGGCGGUGGCGGCGGCGGCCUGGUGGAUCCGGAAAGCAGCAGCGGUAACGGUGGUGGUGUAGGAGUGCCUUUGAGUUUGUAUCGCAGUAGUGGUAGCGGUGUUGACAUGUUGUUGGAUGAGCUUCACCUUCAAGACCAACUCUCUUUCCUCAAUGACAACGCCAACGCCAACCCUGCUCUUUAUGCCGCAGCAGCCGCUGCAGAUAGCAUGACCACCUGCGACAGCGGCCUGCUUUACUCGUACACCAACUGGGGAGCUAUGGGCCUCAGCCCCCUCGGUGGUCACAGGCGUAGCUUGUCCGUGGCCGACAUCUGCUGGGGUGGUGCUGCUAAUUCUUCCGAUGUGGCUCUUGCUAGCUCUACAUCCGGCCUCGCCUGGAAGCCAUGCCUAUAUUUUGCGAGGGGUUACUGCAAGAAUGGAAGCAGCUGCAGGUUUUUACACGACGGCGGCCACGGCCGGGGAGGAGGAAUCUCCCCUCCCACCUCCUCCUGUGAGGUUCUUGUAUCCUCCGAUGAGGGGGAGCACGAGCACCCAAAUCAACAACAACAGUGCCACCCUGCCAUUCCUCUCCUCCUCAGAUCCAAGAGUCAAAGGUCCGUCUCCAGUUCCCAGCAGCAGCUUACUCCACUUUCUCCUUCUCUACCUUUUGCAGCCACUGCUAAAUGCAUGAUCCCCCCAUCAUCCCUCGACAAUUACGUACUGGGCAGCGAGGCUCACAGAGUUCCACUGGCGGACGAUGGCAACAAAUAUUUAUUUACAAGGUCACCGAGGAACAACAAUGAGUUUGGUGGCGGAGGAUUAGCGAGCCCCGGUUCCAGGCAAAUUUACCUCACCUUCCCUGCGGAUAGCACCUUCAGAGAAGAAGAUGUUUCCAACUAUUUCAGCAUUUAUGGACCUGUACAGGAUGUGCGUAUCCCAUACCAGCAGAAGCGCAUGUUUGGGUUCGUGACCUUUGUUUACCCUGAGACUGUGAAGAUGAUCCUCGCAAAGGGCAACCCGCAUUACGUCUGUGAUGCUCGUGUGCUCGUCAAGCCCUACAAAGAGAAAGGCAAAGUUGCGGACAAGUACAGGAAGCCUGCGGAAAGGGGAGACUUCUCACCAACCGGCCUUGAUUCAAGAGAUUCAUACGACCUUCAACUUGGAGGAGGAGGAUCACGAUUCUUCUAUGAUUCCCAUGAAGUUCUGAGAAGGAAGCUGGAAGAGCAGGCAGAUUUGCAGCAAGCUCUAGAGCUACAAGGAAGAAGGUUCAUGGAGCUCCAGCUCCUCGAUGUUAAAAGGAGGAGCAGCAGCAAUCGCAUUUCUGUUGUGAACCAAUUUGAUCACCGAGCUACUGGCCCCGCCAGUAUUACCAUAACCCCACCACCUAAGACAGCGGAAGAUAACAGUUGUUUCAGCCCCCAACCUUUACCUUUGGAUGGGGGGGGGUAUUUUCAUCAUCAAUUGGGAGCCGCGGCAGCAGCAGCAGCAGCAGCAGCACUUAACUCCCCAAAUAAGGACUCCCGUGGGGUUUCAGAAGAGGAGAGCUCCCCCAAAGAACAACCUAUUCCUUUCCAAGAAAGUUGCGCUACCGCGGAUCACAAUCUUCCUGAUAGUCCAUUUGCCUCUCCAACAAAGAUCGGCGGUGCGUCCAUCUUCUCCAAUAACAACAGCUUCACAGCAACAACUUCUUCCUUCGCCCCCCCAACAACUGCAUCCCUCGAUGUGCCCCCGGCCUUCAAUUCAUGCUUCUUCCAAUUCCCCAGGUUCUCUUCGGGUCCUGGUGCAAUCGGAAUGUGACUCGGGGGUGGUCUUUGGCGGAGUUGUAGUCUCAAACUUUGCAGGCGGAAGGGAGGGUGUACAAAUAAUUGUUUGCAAAUUAACCACUGAAGGGAAGGGAAGGGAAGGGAAGGGAAGGGUGAAGAGUAUAGGUAGCAGCUGGUAGAAGUAGACCCUACAGAGGCCUUUUUUGAUAUACCAAAGGCCUGCCCCACCUCAAUUUCCUUUUCUUAGAACUACUCUCCCUCUCUCUAAUUAUAGACAGACACAUACAUGCGCCGGCGACAGUGGAAGAUACCCGUUUUACUGAGCUCAGCGUAUCGUCUCUUUACAGUAGCUGAAAAUCCACUGUACAGUUGAAUGACAAACAAAGCAAGGAUGGAGCGAGCAUCUGGAGGAGAGGAUUGCCUUGUCUUUGUCUUGUGGUUAUACAACACAGAACACACACCAACACCCCCAAUGGCAUUUAUACAAAACAUGAAACCAUAAAAAGGAAAACUCUUUUCUCUCUC